GAAGGAGACUUGGACGGAUUGGAAUACAGUUUGCAUUCUGUUCCGUGAAGGCACUGAAUUUAUUCAGUGGGCUCAAAACAGAUCAACAAAACAAAAGAUCUUGAGUUCUGACCUCUAUUCUCCUGAUCUCCAGUUUCAGCUUCCAGACAGAGGACGCCCUGGCACUUGGCACUGAGGCUGGCUUAGUGUGCUGGUUCUCAAACAUUAGUGUUCUUUAGACUCACCUGUGAAACACACAAGUCCAUACUGACCAGCCCCAGAGACUGGACAUCUGCGCUUGAAAAGCUCUGCAGGUCACACAUGCCACUCCACUCGGGCCAGGGAGUGUUGCUGCAUUUCUCGGCCUGAGUUCUAUCCCAUCUCUGGAAUGACCUGUUGAGCAAACAACUUAUCUUUCCUGUGUCUGUUGCCUCAUUCCAAGAGAGGUUCAUCAUCCCAGCGUUUUCUGCCUCAGAGGGCUGCUAGGAGGAUCAAAGAAGAAUCAGAGCAUGAAACUACCUUGGAAACAUGGAGUACUACAUGAGGGCAAGAUAUCAUCUAGCUCAGAGCCUGAACUGCAAGUCUCUGCUUCGGGUGGCACGGAAGAUGUUGGCAAUUUGUUGGAGAAUCAUUUCUCUGCUGGAGACGCAAGUCUAGAGGAGAAAGAAAGGGCACUUUAUGCAGACGCGGCCCCUCAGGACAAGAAACUGCUCCUUCACUACCCGGAUGGCAGGGAGGCUGAGAGCUCGGAGAAGAUUGCAGCCGCUGGGGCUCCUCCAGCUGCUGCCAGCCCGGGCUCCGACCCCGAAGCCAGCCUCUCUAAUGCCUCAGCUGCAGAGUCAGCUCUGCCUGGGGACACUGUGGGGCCUAGGGAGGAUGGGGAAGGCCCAUCGGCAGGAGGGGUCGAGGGGCCCGUGGAAGAGGAGAGGCCAGGGCUCAGUUUGGGACGAGGAGAGGAGGGAGCUGCCGGUGGGGAGGCAGAAGGACAGGCUGGGAGUGGCGAGGUCCCUGAGGAGGCCAGGGAGGUCCAAGGGGACAGUCCCAUGCAGGCAGCAGCUGUGGGGACAGCUGAGCCUGAAGCUGCAGAGGCCCCUCCUAGCUUAGAAGGUGAGGAGUUUCAUGCCCAGGAGACGGAAGGCAAGGGCACCCCGGGGCCUGGACAAGAGCCGGCAGUGCUGGAUGGAGCCCCUGAUGUCGCAUCUGUGGGAGAAGAGCCAGAGGCCGAUGAUGACACAGGAGCCAGGGAGGGGGUUGAGGACCAGGGGGAGUCCAGUCCCCGCCUGGAGGCUGGCCGAGCCACAGAGACCAGCGCAGAGUCUGGGGGUGCCCAGAGCUCCGGGGCAGGAGGAACUGAGGAGGAACAACCCCCAGAGGGCCAGGCACAAGGAAUGCCCUCAGAGGAUGAGACCUCGGAGGAAGAAGAGGGCGGUGACAACAGUGGAAGUGAGGAGGCGGGAGGAGAUGCAUCUGAGUCGGAAGAAGACAGCGGUGAUGGUGACGGGGCGAGUUCUGAGGAAGAAGGGAGCGCCUCUGACGAGGCUGGGGAGCGCCAGGAGGAGCCCCAGAAAGCAGCAGGAGACAACAGCCGUGUGGAUGAAGGGGCCCAGCUCGGCCUGGAGGAACUGAAUGCAGGGUCUGAGGGCGGUGAGGCCCAGGAUGCUGAGGCAGAGGAGCCCGAAGAGGGACGUCAAGGGAGGGGGAUUCCUGCAGUUGCUCCCCAGGAGGAGAUGGAGGAUGUGAGUGAGGAAGCCCCUCCGAGGGACCGCUCCCACAUCGAGAAAACCCUGAUGCUGGAUGAGGACAAGCCAGCCGACGAUUACUCUGUGGUGCUGCAGCGGCUUCGAAAGAUCUACCAUUCGUCCAUCAAGCCCCUAGAGCAGUCCUACAAAUACAAUGAGCUUCGGCAGCAUGAGAUCACAGAUGGGGAGAUUACUUCCAAGCCAAUGGUGCUCUUUCUGGGACCGUGGAGUGUUGGUAAAUCCACCAUGAUAAACUACCUCCUUGGGUUGGAAAACACUCGCUACCAGCUCUACACAGGUGCCGAGCCCACCACGUCCGAGUUCACGGUCCUCAUGCACGGGCCCAAGCUGAAAACCAUUGAGGGUAUUGUCAUGGCUGCGGACAGUGCCCGCUCCUUUUCACCCCUGGAGAAAUUUGGCCAGAAUUUCCUGGAGAAGCUGAUUGGCAUCGAGGUUCCCCACAAACUCCUGGAGAGGGUCACUUUUGUGGAUACUCCAGGCAUCAUUGAGAACCGCAAGCAGCAAGAAAGAGGCUACCCCUUCAAUGACGUGUGCCAGUGGUUCAUCGACAGAGCUGACCUCAUUUUUGUUGUUUUUGACCCAACCAAGCUGGAUGUGGGUCUGGAGCUGGAGAUGCUUUUCCGCCAGCUGAAGGGACGAGAAUCCCAGAUAAGGAUCAUUCUGAACAAGGCUGACAACCUGGCCACGCAGAUGCUCAUGCGGGUGUACGGGGCCCUCUUCUGGAGCUUGGCCCCUCUCAUCAAUGUCACGGAGCCCCCAAGGGUUUACGUCAGCUCCUUCUGGCCAUAUGACUAUAGGCCCGACACCCACCGGGACCUGUUCCUCAAGGAAGAGAUCUCCCUCCUGGAAGACCUGAAUCAGGUUAUCGAGAACAGGUUGGAGAACAAGAUAGCCUUCAUCCGCCAGCAUGCCAUCCGGGUCCGCAUUCACGCCCUCCUGGUGGACCGCUAUCUGCAGACGUAUAAGGACAAAAUGACCUUCUUCAGUGAUGGAGAGCUGGUGUUCAAGGACAUUGUGGAAGAUCCUGAUAAAUUCUACAUCUUCAAGACCAUCCUGGCAAAGACCAAUGUUAGCAAAUUUGACCUUCCCAACCGCGAGGCCUACAAGGACUUUUUUGGCAUCAAUCCCAUUUCUGGUUUCAAACUCCUGUCGCAACAGUGCUCCUACAUGGGAGGAUGCUUUCUGGAGAAGAUCGAGCGGGCCAUCACCCAGGAGCUUCCUGGCCUUCUGGGGAGCCUUGGGCUCGGGAAGAAUCCAGGUGCUCUCAACUGUGACAAAACAGGGUGUGGAGAAACUCCAAAGAACCGCUAUAGGAAGCAUUAGAUUGCCAUGUAGCCGUCCUCGGGUUCCUGUUGGUGAAUGAGCGUGUGUCCUAACUGUCUGGGAAGUCCUGGUUUAUUAACCCUCUGAGCCACCCUGGCACAAAUUAUUACACAUCAGAGAUUUGGAGGUUCUUUGAAGCCCAUGGUGCUGGGAGGUGCAUGGGUCUGGGGAGGAGCGUGGAAACUGUGAAUUAUAGUGUGUGCUUGUCCUUUUGCUUCAAUUAGGAGGCCUGAUGGAGGCAAGUCAGGCUCCACCUGCUUUUCCUGGGCCCUAUCUUGGAGGGACAGAGAGCAGCUCAGUUCUAGUGUAUGCUAAAUCAACAAGGGUCAAAUAAGCUAAAAGCAGACAAAAUUCCCUUUUCCCCUCUAAGCUGGGAAAAUUGUGACAACCUGAGUCAUAGAGGGCCUCACAGGUCUGUUCUGGCUUUUUUCCACGCACAGUCUUCUGUUUGCUCCCCAGACCCUGGCUGCCUCCUGAGCUUGGGUUGACUUUCAACAGUGGACAGUCUGUUGGAUCUGAAUCUACUUGGGUUUUGAGCCUCUCCCCUGGCCCUCUUCCCUGUUUCUUCAAGGGUUGGGGUGGUGGUUUAGGACACCAGAACACUAAGAGAGAAGAGUUCCCAGCUUAGGAUCCAGAUCUGCCUCCCCUGUUGCCAUUUCUCUGAAUUUGUCUUCUAAGCCAGCCGGGGAGCUGGGUCCCUUCAUUGGCCCCAAGAGGAGGGUGCAUGGUCCGUGUAUUCAGGUAAUUUACCUCUUGGAGGUGAUUUAAGGGAAGAUACUGGAAUGGCUCAGAGGGUUAAUUGGUUUGCAGUGUGUCUUUGUCUAUUGCAUGUCUUGGAAAACUCAGAUCCCAAAGGCAUUGGGUUUCAGAAAGGACAAUGGAGACCUUGCUCCUUUUCAUUAGGGACUUCUCCAGGCAGCCAGGCUCUCCAAAUUUAAGAGAGAGGCUGUUUCUGCAACUUCUCUGUGGGAACACUUGGCAGAGGAGUUGUUCCUUCCCGGUUUCCAUUGCCAUGGCUUUUCCUUUCUUUUCUUCUCCAUUCCCUGAUGCACCAACACUUCAAACUUGGAGUAAUUUCCUACGAGUUGGAACCAGCACCAGCCACGUGGUGUCAGUGGCAACCAUGGCUUAACAGUCAGCUUCUCACCUGAAUCCAUGGAACACACCGCAGGAAAGCCAGGGCCUUCACGUACCAAUGGGUGUGCAUCUGCGUGUGGGUAGACGAGAGAGAGCUUAGGGAGCUGACAUACACUUGAGGGCAGAGAGAAGGAACUCGUUGAGAGAGUCCUGUUCGGAGACAGGCGUUGCCAUCUGGGAGGGUGGGGAAGGAAGGGCCUGGGGGCACGAGGCAGCCUUUGACAAAGUGUGCAGUCCGGGAGACCUGGCCCAGGGCUGCCUCGAGGGCCUUUCAGCCCACUGGCCGCUUCUCUUGAGAGCAAACUGUCCUGGGGGCCUCAACCACAGGGCAUGAGUCAGGAGCCACCAGCACCAGGAAGGCAUCCUGAACCCGAGGAAAGUGGAGAUGAAGACAGAGCGAGAGGCACUCUGAGGACUAGGCAGUGUAGGCAGAUUGGAAAUCGGAUUAGGUCCACACAGAGAACUGCCAUUUAGGAAUUCCGGUUUCCCCGAAUUAUUAGCAGUCUGGUGCAUGCUGCAAUAGAGGCUGCUGCUUUUGGCUUUUGGGGUGCCUAGAACCUCUCAAAGAAAACCCGAGGCUCCAAAGCCUCUAGGACAUUGUUUCAAAGGAGCGAGCCAACCAGAAGAGGAAUGUGAGUUCCAUAAGGGCCAUCCACGGAGCCUGGUGACAAGGGGCUUAUGAGCUGGAAUCUGUCCUGGAUUUUUCUUCUCAUUAAAAACAAACAACCCCCCCCUCGCCUCCUGUCUGCAGCAUUAGCCCUCUUGGGGGGACCCCCUUGCCCCCGCCCUGCCUUUCUCCUUAACACUCCUUAACGUCCAGGUCUGCAUUUGGCAGAUCUGAUUUUCUCGGUGCAGUCAGGGAAAUAAAAAUGCCGAACUGUCUGGGCAUUGUCAUAGAUGUUGAUAGUGCCACUGCUUUGGGAAAUGAGGCUAAUAAAUUCAUACAGUAUUUAUAUUUUCAGGGGGGCCACAUUAUCAGUGUGUUAUGUUCUCCCCCUUAUGGACUUUUCCUCUCUCCAUCUAUUUUCCUUUUCUUGAUCCUUCUCUGCCUCAAUCCUCUUCCUCUUCUCACCCUUUCACUUCCCUUUUCUCUACUGCCCACCGGCCUGUCAAUCAACCAGCACAGGUGUUAAACGCCUGUUUUUCGCCCUUCUCUGUGGAGGUGGAUUUCAAGCAGAAUUCUGACUCUUUGGGGGGAGGGGGUUGGGAACUGGGGGAAAUUUAGGAUCCAGAGAUUUCCUCCAAGAAGAAUAUCUGUAAAUAUCUGUGCCUGAACAGUUGCUGGACCUUUCUAGCAUUGUUUCAGUUCUGAUUUCAUUAGGGAGAAAGUCUCAAUAAAGUUCCAAUCUCUCUUUA